AUGCGCGGGCGGCAUCCCGGGGUUUUGCAGGCCUUUAUGACGUUCCUCCGUAUCGACAGGUCUCGCGACGAUAUGCGCGCUCUCGCAACGCAGAUGGAGACCUGCACCUGCGACCGCACCGACCCCCUGGUGGACGAGUUCCACGCCUGGCACUGGCUUGACCACGACACCGUGCCUGGCAAGUACGUCAAGCAGUUCAUGCCGCGCACGGACACAAUGGAGAGCCUCGUCUGCGCUCUCUCAAGUCUGCUCGCUCUACCCAUUGAAGCCGCGUGCAUGGACUGGAAGCAAGGUCAGCGGCACGAUGUGUGGCCUCAGAAAUCCCAGGACGCUCUAGGGGACAACUGGUCCCAGACCACGACACAGAUCUGCAGAUGGCUGGACGAGUAUCCGUCCUUCCAGGUUGCACACCUUCUGGGUUCGUUCGCUGACAUCGGCGACCUGAGCACGCCCAUCAUCACCGCCAUGCUGCACUCCGCCACGCUACCCAAAAACCUCGUCCUCCUGCUCAACCGCGCGGUCGACUCGUACCCGCCAGGCAUAAAGAGCUCCGACAUCGGCGCGCGCAUGUUCUACAUCAUGCCGUUAAACCUCGUCCUCACCCUCAUGCAAUGUAUCGAGACGCUAGUCAUAGACAACGUCUCCACGGCCUACUUCUACGACGACCAGGCGUUACCGAUGCUAGACGUGCUCACCCGCGUCGGCCGCUUGUACGAAAAGACAGGCGACUUCGAUAUGUGGGGCACUCUUGAGAGAACGGGCGGCGCCAUCCAUGCGAAGCUUGGGCUCCCGCACGACAAGGACCGCUAUCACCGGGACAUCGUCAAGGCCUCUACAGAACACAAAGAAAUACUCUUGGAAAUGGCAGCCAAGACAUCCCAUCAGACGGUGCAAAAGAUCCUGUAUCUUCUCAUGUCUCACACUAUCUGUGCCAACCCCGACUGCUCGACGGCCAAUCCGACGUCCUGGAGUCGAUGCGGAGGAUGCAGUCGCGUGUAUUACUGCUCCAGCGCAUGCCAAUCAGCACACUGGAGAUGCGAAGGCAAGCAACACAAGGGGACUUGUCGGAUCCUCAAAUCGGUCGGAGAGGCAGUCUCCUUACCAACCUCCGCGCAGGCGGAUGCGUUACCGGAAUUGUCCAAUGCAGACUUCUAUCGAGCCUGCGCGCAGGCGAACAUCCAGGAGAGGGACCUCAAACUGCUUGUGAAGCGAGUAUUGGGAGACGUCCGCAUCUUGGGAGUCUUCAAUGAGAGAUAUGCGAAGAAGUAUGCCUACCGACUGUCCUAA